CAAAAAAAAAAAUCAAACAAGCCCAACAACAACAACCAAAAAAGAAAAGAAAAAAAAAAAAAGAUCUCAUCAUUACAAAUCUUCUUUUCCACCUUAUAUUUACACACACUUCUCUUCUUUCCCUUUAAUCAUACAAACCACACCAAGAGAGCAAAAUAGAAAGAAGAAAAAAAAAACCCACCAAAUGGAUACUAAGAAAGCAUUAAAGCUUAAAGCUAUGAACCACCAACUCGUUGAAGGCCAUGAGUUUGCCACUAAGCUUCAGCAACUCCUCUCUCAACCCGGGUCUGGUCAUGGUCUAGCGGAGGACUUAGCGGCUAAAAUUGUAGUGACUUUUAACAAGGCCAUCUCCGUUCUUGAUUCCUUCGAACCCAUCUCCUCCUCCUCCUCCUCUCUUGCUGCCGUCGAGGGCUCUCAAAAUGCUUCUUGUGACAACGACGGCAAGUUUGAAGAUUCCGGAGACAGUCGGAAAAGAUUGGGACCCGUUAAGGGCAAAAGAGGAUGCUACAAAAGAAAGAAGAGAGCGGAGACGUGGACUAUGCAUUCGACUGUGCUUGAUGAUGAAUUUUCUUGGAGGAAAUAUGGACAAAAGGAGAUUCUUAAUGCCAAAUUCCCAAGAAGUUACUUUAGGUGCACACACAAGUUCACUCAAGGGUGCAAGGCAACAAAGCAAGUCCAGAAGAUGGAGCUCGAACCCAAGAUGUUCAGCAUCACAUACAUGGGAACCCACACGUGUAACACAAACACAGCAACACCCACGAUCAAGGGUUGUGAUGAUCAUCAGGAUGAGAUCACCAUGGAUUCGGAAGAGCACAAGAGUCCUAGUUUGUUGACUACCUCAAUGAAGGAGGAGGAAGAGAACCAUCUUCAUCACCAUGGUUCGUCCACGGAGAAUAACUUGGUGUGGCAAGAUCUAGUGUUCGAAGAGGAUCAUCAUCAUCACCAUCAGGCCAUUUACGUUUGUGGUGAAACUUCUCAGGAGCUCAUGGUGUUUGGCGCUGGCGGCGAUUUCGAGUUCAGCGACUCUAUCUUCGAUUCAUGUUCCAAUCUAUGUUGAGUUUAUUACACUACUAUAGGACUAAGGCCAUGAGUUAAUCAUUAAGCUUUUAGAGUGGAAAACGCAUAUAUAUUUUGUCCUCUUCUCUAGCUAAUGAGUGUAUGUCCUCUUGUACAUAUACUAGUAUAAUUAAUAACACUCUUGCCAAAUUAAGCA